UACAUUAGUUUUUCCCACAGUCCCUGAAGGCAGCAUAAAGCCGCGCAGCAGACAGUGAAGGGUUAAACUCUGUAAUAGGAUGAAUGGAUAUUGUGGCUGAGCAGCAUCUGAUUACACACAGACGCCAGUAGGCAUCGGAGGGGGGACGACACGUAUUAUCUACCAGCCGAAACUGCUUCUUCUUUUUUUGUUUUUUGUUAUCCCCUUCAGAAGAACACAAACAUUUCUCUUUGUUUCUCAACAUUUCACUUUUGGGAAUUAAAACUUUUGUAACCGAAGCGAGAGCAGGAGGAGCGGGGGCGAUCUUCUCUUCGGGUCGGAUCUUGUCAUCGGAUAAAUGGCUGAGGGAGACCGACGGAUGACUGCGGAGGAAACUUACAACAUGUCGCAGUUUGUCGAGUCUUAAAAGACUGAAGAGCUGCUGUGUUUUCUUUAUUUAUUCGAGGAAGAGACACGUCUGAAUUAAUCUCUGAUCGAGGACAGACAGACAGACAGACAGACAGAAGCUCCUGCAGGAGUUUAGUCUUGUUUUGUUCCUCCAGGUUGGAGAGAAACAGUCUUUUUCAUAGCCGCCAUCAUUUUGUGCUGUAAGUCCGACCCCAAUAUGUCUUCUAAUGGGGACCUCAGCGAGCUGGGCAGCUCUGACAGCUUCUGGGAGCCGGGGAACUACAAAAGGACGGUGAGGAGGAUAGACGAUGGCCACCGGCUGUGUAACGAGCUGGUUAGCUGCUUCCAGGAGAGAGCAAAGAUAGAAAAAAGUUAUGCUCUACAGCUCAGUGACUGGGCAAAGAAAUGGAGGGGAGUCGUAGAGAAAGGUCCUCAGUAUGGUACGCUGGAAAAAGCGUGGCACGCCUUCAUGCAGGCGGCCGACCGACUCAGCGAGCUGCAUCUGGAGCUGCGGCAGCGGCUGGCCGGCGAGGACGCGGAGAAGAUGCGAGACUGGCAGAAGGAUGCAUUUCACAAGCAGAUGAUAGGAGGCUUCAGGGAGACAAAGGACGCGGACGACGGCUUCCGCAAAGCACAGAAACCCUGGGUCCGCAAACUGAAAGAGGUGGAGUCCAGCAAGAAGACCUUCCAUCAGGCCAGGAAGGAGGAGUGGACGGCGGUUACCAGGGAAACGCACGCCAAGGCCGACCCGACCAAGUCACAGGAGGAAGUCCGCAAAUACACGACCCGGGUGGAGCGCUGCAACCAGGAGACCGAAAAAGCGAAGGAUCGCUACACAAAGGCGCUGGAGGAGCUGAACCGCUGUAACCCUCGAUACAUGGAGGACAUGGAGCAAGUGUUCGACCUCACGCAGGAGGCCGAGCGGAAGAGGCUGCGCUUCUUUAAAGAGCUUCUGCUGGACAUUCACACCCACCUCGACCUGUCCAGCAAGGAAGGGUAGGACAGACCUACACACACACACACACAUCGGGACCUGGGUCAGACCAUCCAGGGAGCCAAUGACACCGACGAUCUCCGAUGGUGGAGGAACACCCACGGGCCGGGCAUGAGCAUGAACUGGCCACAGUUUGAGGAGUGGUCUCCAGAGGCCAGCCGCUCCAUCAGCAGGAAGGAGCGAGGUAGAGACUCUGAGGACAACGUGGUCACCCUCACCAACAUCGUCUCCUCUGGUGGAGGUGACGUCCCACCCAGUCCCAUCAUGAGCAGGGUCAAAGAUUACUCAUCAGACUGGUCAGACGAGGAGAGUCCUAAGAAGGCGGUCAACGGCGUGGGGGAGGCGGGGGACGAGGAGGAGGAGGAGGAUCAGGUAGAGGGGGUGCGAGUCCGAGCGCUCUAUGAUUACACGGGCCAGGAGGCCGAUGAGCUCAGCUUUAAAGCAGGCGAGGAGCUGCUGAAGCUGGGGGAGGAGGAUGAGCAGGGCUGGUGUAAAGGGCAGCUGAGCAGCGGCCAGGUCGGCCUCUAUCCUGCCAACUACGUCCAGGCCCCUGCCUCCUGAUGUCCCGCCCCCUCUGCCUCACCUAGCCAAUGGUAAAACAACACUCGAGAUGCCAGGACCAAUCAGAAGCUGUUAGUGCUGACAAGUAGCUCACCCUCAGUGAAACCACCCUCAGUGAAACCAAACAGAUUUUGGUAUCUGACUGUUAAACUCGUCUCAGAAUUUUUUUUCUGUUCUUGUUUGAGCUUCAUUUUUUUUAAUCCAGCCGGUGGAAAAGUUCACUGGAUGUUUACUCAGUCUGAGGUCAAUGACAGUUUUGUUUGAAAGAAGCUUUAUAGGCAGAGAGGAAUGUCUUGAAGCCUGCCAACGUGAACUCACAGAACACUGUAAAAAAAAAAAAAAAAAAAAAGAAAGAAAAGGAUUCCCAUCGAACUUGGACUGGAUGUUUUCAAACUCUAGAUUUUGGUUUGCAGCUCACAGCCAUCUUUUUCUGAUACGUCAGAAAAAGCUAAUUUGAUCAAAGAAAGACAAAGUGGGAGGAGCUAAGGAAUCAGAAGUAACAAUCGACCGUGACGGACUGUGACUGGCUUAAACAUCCAUCAUCACAUCUUGUAAAAAUCUGCUCUUUGUAAGGGAAUUGUUUGACACUUUGAGAGAAAUGUAUACUUCAAGGCUAGCUUAUCUUCUCUAAGCAGAAGUUACAGAUACCUUCUUUGAGACCAUUGACUUUAUAUAAAGAUGGAUGACAUGUCUCCACCUCCUCAUGGUGUACAAAAAUGAAGCCAGAAUAUUCAAAGAACAGUGACAUAUUGUGCAUUGAAGUCAGAGUCUGUUCAGUAGGGAGUGCCUGGAGGAGCCGGGAUAUCGACGUCCUGUCUCUUCCAUUAACCAAACAUAUUUAAGUUAAUAAUAAAACAUCAUAGAUCCCUCAGGUGGGUGCAGUUCACAGCAGAAUAGAUUAUUGUGUGGGUUUGAAGCAGACACUAAAGGUCAUGGACAGUUUAUUGACUCAGGUGUUUAUGUUUGCUCUCACUGCACUCAGCACUGCAACAAUCAUGACUCCUUUCAAUAGCAUUAAAUAAGUUAUUCAAAAAAACACUAGAGAAAAAAGCUCCCUAAGAAUGAGCUAGAAUAAUAAAAGUAAUGUUAGAAAAAUGUAAUGUGUAUUUAUAUUUUUGUUUGACCCAUGUCCAACAUGUUGGCAUAGAGGAGGCGGGUUUACGACAAACUGCAGCCAGGCAGUCAGAGGAGCUCUGACUGUUUUGGCUUCACUUUGGAGAGCUGUCAUGUGGUCCAUCUUUUUAUUCGGUCUGUUUCAGAAGGUAAAUCUAGCUUGUCUAGGCUCGGCUUUUGGCUGACCGUUUCCUUCUUUCUAUUCUCUAUGCUAAGCUAACUAAGCUAAGCUUACCAGCUGCUGAUUGCAGUCUGUUUGAUGCAGGGAUAUGAGAGCGUUCUCAAACUUUUCUCUCAACAAGAAAGUGAAUAAGCAGAUUUUCCAAAAUGUCAAUCAAUUUUUCUCUUUGAAGUAUUCUCAUCAAAGAAUAAAUCAACUACAUACAUUGAAUAAACUUCUUCUGUUUAGGAAUUUAAAAUACUUUUUGAGUGGCUUUCAGUUUAGUUUGUAAGGUUGGGUCAUCUAGUGGUCGUCAGAGGAACUGCAGCCUCUUCAUCAUUGCUCAGCUGUGGUUGCUGAAAAACAAGAAAAAAACAAUGAAAGACUGAACUUAGUGCCUUAGUCAGUGAGGCUGGAAAUGUUACACAGCGCCGCCCUGCUGUCUGACCCGGGAAUUACAGCUGUCUGCAGGGUGAACACCUGCUGAUCAUCCCUUUAAAAAAGAAAGUGAAACCUCUGUUGAUACCUUGACUUUAAUGUGUAAACUUGGAUUAUGCAUGCAGCAUGUGAUUGGCUGUAAACCUUUUCAUGCCCCUCCCCCUCCACAAUAAGCUUAAUGACAGUCAGUUUCACUUAUUUUGUAGAUUUUUAGGUGCGACACUGAAUUCACUUCCUCUCCUCUUUUGAUUCUUGUUUUUUAAUUGCGAUAGCUGUAAGUUUAUAAUAAGUCUUUUCUUUUCAGAAUGGUGUACUGUAAACUGUUGCUACCUGUUUCUUUUAAACUUUUUUAAGUAGCAUUUUUACUGUCAACUUAUUUCUCCGUAAUCUGUUACCCUUUUUUGUUUUAGAGAUCGUCUUUCUUUUUACCGAGGCUGGGAGAGAGAAAAGUUGACUGUAAGCUUCAGGUCAUUUCACCUGUGGAUGGUGGUUUGUUGCUGGUCCAAGAGAACUGAUUGUGUUUUGUCUGGUUUGGGGAUUUUCCUGUUUUAAGUUUGGUUUUGUGAGGGACCCUCCUCUGCUCUGCUGAUUUAGAGCAUCGCUAACAGCUAAGCUAACCCAUGUAGACUUCCAAGUAAUGAGAGAUAAUUAAUGCUAUUGUGCUGCUCCUUUGAUCCUUUGCUUUUAUUUCUGUGUACAGAACAUAAAGUGGGAAGACAUAAUAAAAAGCUUUCUGCAGCUGGAA